AUGUAUGUAACGCUCGCGAUGACCACUUCCUUGGAGAGAAGCGGGCCUUUCAUCAACCAUCAGAUUCUCCCCGUGCACCCCCGGUUGCUUGUCGUUCUCGAGUCGGCGAUGGGAGAAGAAAAGGAAGUUCCACCUCCCGGGUGUCGGCCGAUAUGGAUCCAGAUGAAGAACUACGACUUGUACCAGCUACGGGAGGAGGGGGCUGAGGCGGGCAACAUGACCGCCCUAAAGCAGUACACCCUUUUGGAUCGGGCACGGCUGCUUGAAGAGGUCGGAAAGUUUGGCUUCAUGUGUGACUGGAACGACUUCAAGGCCGACCUAGAGGCGUGUCCGACGGAACAAAUUUUGCUGGUGGCAGACCCAAACAAAAUGUACGGGGAGCAGUGGUACUUUACGUUCACGGCAGAAGCAUUCGAGACCCAGCUCAAGCUACAAACGGCGGAGGCGGAAGCGGAGAAAGCGCGUUUAGAAGCGGAGGCAGAGGCGGCGCGGCUGGCCGAGGAAGAAGCGAAUCGCAAACCGGUGUACGAAGACAAGCCGAUCAUCGCCAAAGGUUGGAAAUCGGAAACUGCAGCAGAUACAGCUCGGGAGGUGGAGAGUUUGACGAUAAGGCCGGAGCGACCGCUUGUGGUCAUGUCCAUGACCCGUCCUAGACGGAGCUUUGGCCUGCCUUGCAAGCUCGUGGACAGGGAUGCAUACGACUGGCUUACGGACGACUACAUGGCCAAAAUGGGUAUUCGCAAGUACCUUGCUACCGGCUUCACCGCCUUCGACCCCACCAACCCCGACCGAAAACUGAUGGAUUCACCCUGUCAAGCCGCGGCCGAGAGCGCCCCGGCCUCAUCGCAGACCACGUGGUUCCGGAGCGUGAACGCCUCUGUGCAAUACUCCACCAUGCACCUUGAGCAACAAGAGGAUGCCUUCAACGGCAUUGGCGAAGACGACGCUCCCCUGACCAAGACCAAUGAAAACGAGGACGAACUGAAAGAGCUGCGCACCUUCACGGACCUUGUACACUCAAAGAACAAGGUAAUGUCGGCGAUCGACUGGCUUCCAAAGCGGAACGGUUGCGUGGCGGUCUCAGCGGUGAAAAACGUCAACUUCGAGGAGAGGGUCCAGCUCUCCGGCCAGGCAAGAGGGGCGCAGAACAUCGCAUCCUACGAACUGAAAAAGCCUAUGUAUCCGACCGGCUUCACGAAGCUUCACGUUCAAAAUUGCCCUAUUCAUAGUUUCGUGGCCUCUUUUCAGGUGGACAACGCGUACGUGCUGCUUUGGGACUUCGCGGAUUUGAUCCAUCCCAUGCUCAAGCUGGAGUCACCUCACGAGAUUUUCUGCUUCAGGUUCAACCCGUCGAUCCCUGGACUACUUUCGCUUCCCACCCCCACCCGUAUCGGAACACAGACUGUUGUGGGGGGCGCCAUCAAUGGUCAGGUAGUAAUGUGGGACAUCUCCAAAGCCCUGACGUCGAUAGACCAGAAGAAGCGCAAGCAAAGCGUGCGGCACAUCGGGAAGCCUGGUCUGGGUGUCGGGGACGAAGACGAAGUCGUAGCGGCGCUACCUCCUAUCGCGCCACACGCCGUUAGCCACAUCGACAUGAGCCACCGCAGGCUCGUGGCGGACCUGGCGUGGCUGCCGACAACAACGCAAGUCAACUCGAAGGGCCAGCUUCUGGGAAGCGAAUACAUCACGGAACACACGCACCAAUUCAUCACUGUCGCCAGCGAUGGGCAGUGCCUUAUCUGGGACACGAGAUAUCAGUUACUGGUAGCAAUGCUACCCACAUUGCUGGACGCUCAUUGCAGCAACAGUUCUUGGCACCGCUAUAGUCACGGACGUUGUCAUUCAUCGUUGUCCACGCCGGAAAAUCGCCAGGAAAUAAGCGAAGGCUUGUUCCCACACAUCGCGAAACCUCGGCAAACGUACGACAAGAAGAGAGAGGAACACGGUCGUCCGCCGCCGGCACCCUGGACGCCGCUCUUUCGUCUGCAGCUUAACCGAUUAGAGGACGUGGGAGAGUUGGGUCUCUGUCGGAUCGUACUAGACUUGGGCGUCGCCGGGGAUGGCGUAACCAGCGACAGCAAGGCCGAAGAUGGGGCGGAGGAAGUGGACAUGCGUUCGCAGGGGGAAAUCCUGCUGGCGGAUUGGCGGGCAAGAGUGGGGGCCAAUAGUGGACGAGGAGGGGGAGAUGAGGAAGCAGGGGGAGGGGGAAACGAGAGGGGGGAUGGUGGGGACGUAGCCCCGGAGUUCGUAAAGUGGGUGUCGAGCGACCACACCCGGCCGUGCGUAGCGCUGGACAAGUCGCCCUUUUUCCCGGGUGUACUGCUCAGCGUGGGCGACUGGAGCUUUCAGAUUUGGAAGGUGGGGCUUCGGAAACCCGUCUUCUCUUCGCCGAUGGCGGCCAACUACCUCACGACCGGGCGAUGGUCUCCUACACGGCCGGGAAUGUUGUUCCUCGGCAAGGUGGACGGCUCGAUGGACGUUUGGGAUUUUACUGAUAGCAGCUUCACCCCUUCGGUGACCCUGAUGAGCAGCCCUUCGAGAAUUACCAGCAUGGAGUUCCUGAAGCCCAAGGGGGUAGGAGGAGCGGCAAAGCUCAAGCAGCAGCUGCUUACCGUGGGGGACGCGGCAGGGAACCUCCACGUUUAUGACGUGCCUCAGAACCUUUGGCGUCCCCUGGCCAACGAGAGAGCCAUCAUGUCGUACUUCCUCGAGAGAGAGAUAAAGGUGUUCACGGCAAACCUCAGCAUCAAAGCAAAGGAGAAUGACCUGUUCAACGAAAAACCAGUUAUAUCGAGAUGUGUUGAUUGUUUCUACUCGCUGUGGCUGGCCGCACCACUUCAGAGACAGUCGUUUUCUGUCGCCCACCAAACGCGCGCCGAAGCUCAUGCCAUGGACACCCUCGUAUUCUACUUUUCGAACCAUUUAUUGCCCUGCCCUACACGGUACAUCCAGCCUGCGAUGAAGCCGCGUGGGAAGGCCAGGCUGUCGCAAUACAGGCGACCCACACAACCCACCUCAUUCAAACCUACCUCAAUCACACUGGAACCCAACGCGACCCUCAGCUUUUUCUCGUGUUCUGUUUCCGUACACACCCUGACGAAGCGUGUGGAGCACGUCUCCGAGCGACUCGAGAUUCGAACAGCCGAGGCCGAGGCGAUGGAAGCAGAGGAAAUGCAGAACGCGUUGAAUCAGCCGCCAGAUGGGGCUGCAGGUGCUGCUGCUGCCGAGGAAGGUGGAGCCGGGGAACCGGCGGGUGGAGGGGACGGAGGUGGCGCUGCGGGUAACGCCAUAACAAAAGGUGGACAGAGGUGUUAG